AGGCGUUUUUCGCAUCACAGCAACCUCUUCAGUCACCUAAGCGUUGUCUAGGCUGCGGGAGUCUUUUCCAAACAGCAGACAGCCAAAAAUCGGGUUAUGUUGACCCCCACAUCAAAGAACAGUACAACAAUGGAGGCGGUCGUAAGAGGAUACUGAAGCAUCCGAGGGGUAUACCUGUAGACUACGUUCCUAGCGGUGUGGAAGUGUUGCCGAACGAUAAGGGCAGGUUCCGCCAAUUCACACGAUUGCUCGUGUGUCAGCGUUGCUGGCGUCUACAAAAUUACAAGUGUUUACCAGGCGGUGGAGGAAGUGGUGGUGGAAAGAGAAGUAGGUCAAAAAACAGUCUAGCGACAUUGACUUCACCAGAGGUGGACGAACAUGUGAAGGACCAUCCUGCUGCAUCCUUACUAGAAAGUACCAGCAAAACGAUGGUACCUGCUCCUAGUGCUACAUCCUUGUUGCCCGCAGAAAAUGAAGCGUCCUCUACUUCGCCGUCUAUGCCGUCCACCUCAACAGCGUCCACCUCUUCUACCUCCUCACUCCUAGAAAAUCCGUUUUACAAGAUGCAGGCAGACGGGCUGCUUUAUAAGCACCCGAACGAGAUCAUAGACAAAGUCGUGUCUCGUAUCCGACCAAACAGUGUCGUCUUACAGGUCGUGGACUUGCUGGAUUUCGAGGCCUCGCUGUGUCCAGAACUCUAUAUCGCGUGCCGAAACAAACAAUGCUCUGUUAAGGCUUGUCCCAUGCAACAGUAACUCUAAGCUGAAUAGGGAAAGCGUGAGGCCCCUAAGUAGAACAUACAAGAAGGAUGAAACUUGCAGCUGGUCACGACCUCCUCUGCAGCUGGUCACGACGGACUGUACUUUCUCUUCUAGUACAGUCGGUCCGUCGUGACCAGCUGCAGAGGAGGUCGCGGCUGUAAUAGUCAAUACUCGUACAUCAAGGGGCGGGGGAACAACUUUUCUGUUUUCUAUCAUCUUCCUCCGGUCUGUUUUUUUUCUAGUCAGGUCGGCAUCGGCUCCACCACAACUAGUACUUCUACAGUCCGUCGUGAUCGUUAUGCCUAACUACUAGUAGAUCGUGUAAGGAGUCAGUGUCUUCCUCGUAAUCUUAAGACUUCUAACUCCCUUCUCUUCGUGGUGAAUAAGAUUGACUGUUUGCCUGCAAAAGCGAACCUUCCACGAAUCAAGAUGUGGGUUCGAAACAUGGCGCGUCAGGUUAAGAAUGUUCACAUCGCCAACGUUGUCCUACUUUCCGCGGCGAAUGAGACCGGUUUCGCUGAGCUUGAGGCCAGAUUGAAGACUUACAUAGCAGAUCUUGAUCGAGAUCAUGGCUCGCGUGUAAAAACUACGUCGAGUGCAGCAUCUGCCUUCAACGCAACACAGCAACAUGUGAAGAAAUAUGAACUGCUAGAAGAGGGCACGGGCUCUUCUACAAGUAGUAAUAGUACUUCGUCCACCUCGACUCCACUAGGACACGAAAAAAAGCUGGAUCCCAAUCAAGACCGUCGUUUCAUUUACGUGACCGGACGUGUGAAUGCAGGCAAAAGCACGUUUGUGGAGAGAUUUCUGCGUUAUAUUGGAUACAAGCAUUUACCCAGCAUCGAUUGGAAACGCGGAGCAGGUGGGAUCACACGGGCACCGGUGCCUGGAACUACAGCGAACUUCUUGUCGUUUUCUUUGUUAUGGCCGCGGUGCUUUCAAGAAGUUACAUCAUGGAAUCUAGAUCUACUCCCGGAAGGUGAAUCCUCUUUCUCUCUGGGAUACUUUUACCCGUCGCUUUCGUCGCUUUACAUGUUUUCUAAUUUCCCCAAGAAAUUUCCGUCUGAUUGACACUCCUGGCAUUCCUAGUACGCACCAAGUGACGAGUAAAUUGAGAACCUGCGAAGACCUGUACGACGUGGUUCCUCGAGCAAGACUACAUCCACUGACCUACGCGCUGAAACAAGGCAGAUCUUUGCUGAUAGGCUCUCUGUGUCGGAUCGAUCACGUCGGAGGAACGUUUGGGUUUGUGAUUAAGGCUGAAUCUUGAAAAUAAAAUCUCAUAGUCAUAAUUAAUGAGAAUCCAUCUUUUAUUACCAGCCGAUGGAUCUUCACUCAGGGUCUAGUUUUCUUUCAACUUAUUCUAUUUCUAGUAAAAAAAUGAAAGAACAAUCAAGUAGAUGAUGAGCAGGCAAGACAAAGAUGGAUCAUUGUUGUUGAAGAGCUUGCUCUAAUCUGUCAAGCUUCUUCAGCAAUCGCGUCACGCUGCAUGUUUGCAAUACCGCGAAAGCGAACGACACUUUGGCGAGAAAAGCAGGAACCUUCUUCUAUCCACCGCAUAAGAAGGAAGAUUUCGAAGCUUUGGACCUAGUAUCUCACAAAGUGCAGGUAUUUGGAUCAAACCAUCGAGCUUGGGACGACAUCGUCAUUGCUGGACUCGGCUGGAUAUCAGUAGCAGGGUUUGGAAGCAAGGAGUUUCAAGUCUGGGUGCCUAAAGGCGUCAAAGUCUUCCGCAGACCAGCGAUGAUGCCAUACUUAUGAUUGAGAUGAUUGUGUGUGGCUUGUAUACCCCUACUAACUUGAUGAACUUGUUGUAGUGCAUGAACAUGGUUUGUCUUCAAGGUUAAUAUAUAUUCUAUUUCGAGGAGGUACCACUACCAUGUUGUAGGCGUGUUUCAUCCUGCUUGCGAUCCCGCUUCAAGCCAGAAUUAUGCACCUUUCUUCCUCCACCUCUAACCUCUGAAUUGUGUGUAAAUGGUGUGACGCGCUUCUCGCAUAGGCUACGGGCUCGUGGCUCUGCAGUAGGGCGUAAGAAGCGAAAAAUGGUCCGUCUUUUGCGCGAUCGAGAUAAGAAAUACGCACUACGGGACGAAUUGGCGCAAAAAGAGGAAGACAGAAAAGGGACAGUAGUUCAUGGGGAUACCUAUGAGAAUGAGAAUCAAGGAGUAAAGAAUGAAGUUGUAGAUGUGGCAUAUAGAUCAGAAGAAGAUGAAGAAGGGCAACAUCUCCAAACGUCGCAUAUAGGAAAGCUGCAAGCGUUUGAGGAUGCAGCUGACGAAGGAGAUGACCUUUUUGAUCACGAUGAAGGCCGUCUUAUCGAAGUAGAUUUGUAGGAGCGGAAUUAUAAAGACACCUAAUGAAGAUAACGAUAAAGACGAACACGCUUGCUUCACGACAUACUGGCUCGAACACUUCAACGCACUAGCACAGACACUCUGAUACAUCUCGACCAAUAAAAGCGCAAUUAGUUGUUCACAUCUAACGACGCGCUUUUUUUUAGCGCUGAAUGUGAAUGUACCCCUUCAUCUUCUACUUGUUGUGGGAUGUCCUGAAGAUGACGGUUUUUCGAUUCAGUGAAGGCGUGAGGAGCUGUAGCCCCGACAUUUUGUUUCGCAUUGCUGGGCUAGGUCUUUGGUUUUUCUGUCGCUGGUAAUAAAACGGACAGCCAGCACACUACUAAUCAAAGAAAUACAUAUGAAAUCUCCAAGAUGAGAUCCGAAGCCAAAUGGUUCUGCUAUGAAU